GAAUCACGUACAGGUGCUUCUAAAAUGGACCAAUCAAAAAUUGCCUUACAGUGCUCGUCAGUACAGCUACCCGGCCGCCAUAUUGCGGGUACAAGAUCUUCCCGGCCCGGAGAGGGAGAGUUGUUGCGUUUUGUGUUCGCAGUCAAGGGAAGAAACGACGAAAUGAACAGAGUACUGGCGGCAAGAUCGCUUGUCCAGAGAGCGGGCUUUUCCACCUCCACCAGAAAAGCUCUGGACAACAAAGUUCUGGAGAAGCAGAAAAUCAUGCAGGCGCCUGGCGGGGAUAUGGUUUACCUGAAGGGUGGAGCAAGUGAUAAGAUCUAUUACCGCACGACCAUGGGGAUGGUCAUCUUCGGCGUGGGCUAUUCUAUCUUCAGCCUCUUGGCAGCCUGUCUGCCGAAGAAGUCGGAAUGACCAGCAGUGGCGACCAGAGUGUUUGUUUUCCCUCUGUAGAUUGUAAAUCUGCCCAAUGGUUUGAUGUUGCAGACUGGCUUGUAACUUGUAUCAUCACACACAAUUCUACCAACUACUGGUCUAACUAAGUUAGUCUCAUGAAAUACCAUGACAUCAUGUACUGGGCCUGUCAUACCGCACUGAAUCAGAUACAUUAUGUAUGUGUAAAAUAUUUGUCCUUACCGGAAAUGAAGGAAUGAAAUAAAUGGUAGGAAAGGA